AUGUGCUGGGAGUUAGAAGAGGCCCUUAACCAGAAGAUCGAAUCUUUCGACGAGGUUAAGCUUCUGAAGAACCUUGCUGGUCACCCUGAGGUUCUUCCAGACUACGCCACAUUCGUGGAUCUCGCAAAAUUCAUGGUUCGAUCGUUGGACACCGACAACUGGCCUGAAUACAGUAUUGUGAGCGGCUCAGACAUUACCUUCAAUGAGGUAAUUGCCAUCGCCGAGAGAGUCGGAGCCUCCAAGUUUCACGUGAUUCAUGAUGACGAAGAAAAGCUCCAAAAGAAUGAGGCUACCCUCUUAUCGCCGGAUGGUAUUUCGUCGUAG